GCAAAACCAACCCACUGAAUUAUCUUCCUCCUCGUUAGGUUAACCUAAGUGUCACCGCGAAGCUUUUUCCCUUUCCCUGAGAUAGCUCGAAAUCGGUAGCCAAGAUGAGGAAGCUCAAAUUUCAUGAAAAGAAGCUUCUGAAGAAGGUCAACUUCCUUGAUUGGAAGAGAGAAGGCGGUCAUAGAGAACCUAAUGUCAUGCGCCGUUACCACGUUACUGGUAGAGACGACUACAAAAAGUACUCGAGUUUGUGCAGAAUGGCACAGAAGCUAGUGAAUAUACUGAAGCAGAUGGACCCAAGAGAUCCUUAUAGAAUAGACAUGACUGAUGCCCUUCUAGAAAAGCUGUAUAACAUGGGCGUAAUAACUUCAAGGAAAAGCUUAGCUGUGUGUGACAACUUAUCUGUGUCAUCCUUCUGCAGGCGUAGGUUGUCCACUAUCUUGGUGAGGCUGAAGUUUGCUGAACACAUGAAGGAAGCAGUGACAUAUAUAGAGCAAGGUCAUAUUAGAGUUGGACCUGAUACAGUUAUUGACCCAGCAUUUCUUGUGACAAGAAAUAUGGAGGACUUCAUCACUUGGGUAGAUACAUCCAAGAUUAGGAGAAAGGUCUUGGAGUACAACGACAAGUUAGAUGAUUAUGAUGCAAUGAAUUGAUGACUAGUGAGCGAUUUUUGAGGCAAUUAGAAUGACAGAAACGGAACACAUUUAUGUUGUCCAGCACUACGGGUCCCGGCAGGUUUACCUCAUGCUAGGUUGCCUUGUACCGCCCCUCUACAUUUUUGCUCCCGCAGACUCUGGAAGAUUUAUGUAACAGACACAUGAUAUUCAACAGCAAAGUUUAAUAUAACGUAUCGUUGCAAUUUCUGGCGAAUGGAAAUAACUUGGUUCACUCUCUCCAUUUGUAAUAUAUGCAUCAUGAUUUUGUUGAUUAUCACAGAUUUGUUACUUGGAGUUAAA